GUUGGUGAGCGGAUUAAGGAAACGUGCUUCGCGAGAUGGAUUUUAAUUUUUUGAAUUUUCAUUCCUAACUCGAAACGCAAAAAGAACAUUCUCAACUGGGUGAAAUUGUCAAAAUAGGGGAAAGUUUCAAGGCCGGGAUUUAUAAAGGGGCAAAAUAAAAAAUCGGGAUUAUUAGUGAGUUUGGAAACAAAUGAAGAAAUUUCGGGUUUGGAUUUAAUCGUGUUAAGUGGUGGUUAAUAAAUAUUAACCUGAUGAUGAGAUGAAAGGGUUCAUCUUUAAAAAAAAUCUUGAAUUAUAUUCAUAAUCUUUGAAGUAACCUUCGGUAUCUUCAAGAUUUUCACCAUCUUCAGGAUCCUCAUCUUCAGGAUCAACUAUCUGGAAUAAUAUUUUAUCUGCAAGUCGUGGAUUAAAAAUAAGACAAAAUGAUGCUGGUCCUGCUCAUGCCGAUUGUGGUUUCCGUAACGGCUGCACCUCUUCAGCAAAUCUUGGAUGAUCGACUAAUCGGUCAGAGCAAAGAAACUCUUCCAGUUUUGCCGAAAAUAGAAAUAGGUUCUGUCAAAGUGGAUUCAAAGAAGCCAUCAAGGAAACAAACGCCGAAGGUGAAUGGCGACUCAAAAGAAACGAAGUCUAGUCAAGAUCUGUUACCGAUCCCUAACCAGGAUGAUCACUUGUCAAGUUUUCCUCGAACGUUUCCAGUUUUGUGGGAAAACGAUCUGCCAUUGUCGAAGUCUACAAAAAAACAACCUACAACUGGUAGAAGCAGUGCCUCAAUUGGUUCCAACAAAUCUCAAAGUAGUAUCAUCAAUUUACAAAGUGGUGCCAUUAAGUCACAAACUGGUAUAAUCAAAACGCAAACUGGUAGCACUAAGCUACAACCUAAUACCACUGAGCUACAGCCUGGUACCAUCAAAACUUUGACUGGAACACCACUUUCAAACAAAACACCAACUGGUACCAUCAAAUUUCAAAGUGGUACCACAAAAUAUUUAACAGAACGACCAGUUUCAAACAGUAAAAACAUUGGUACCAUCCAAUCCCAAAGUGGUACCACUAAUCUACAACUUGGUACCACUAAAUCUUCAACUCAACGAUCAGUCACAAACCAGCAAACAACUGGUACCAUCAAAUCUCAGAUUGGUACCACUAAGCUACAGCCUGGUACCAUAAAAACUUUGACUGGAACACCAGUUUCAAACAAAACAGCAACUGGUGCCAUCAUAUUUCAAAGUGGUACCUCAAAAUAUUUAACCGAACGACCAGUUUCAAACAGUCAACACACUGGUACCAUCCAAUCCCAAAGUGGUACCACUAAUUUACAACUUGGUACCACUAAAUCUUCAACUCAAAGUUCAGUCGCAAACCAGCGAACAGCUGGUACCAUCAAAUCUCAAAUUGGUACCAAAUCCUCUCUUCAAGAAAAUGAACCAGAACCAGAAGAAGGCAAAGUGACAAAGAAAGGUCGCAAGCGCAAAGCUUUCUUCCUCAGUUAUCCUUUCGUGCCCCAGGUUCAUCAUCACUAUCCCACCUUGCCCGAUUACGAUUUGAAUUUUGAAGACGAUUUUAGGACCGAAGAGCGAACCCCUGGCGGGAAGAAAAAGUACCCAGAGAGUAAUAUUUAUUAUAUCAGACUGCCGCCCACUCCUUACAUGUUCGUUCCAGGUUUGGGGUACAUCUCUCAGCCUCCAAGGUAUUCACCGCCUCCUCUCAGCCCCCACAUCACCCAUGUGAGGCCCAUGAGGCCCGCAAGGCCCCCAACGAUUUACCAGCCUCAUGUUAACCCUUUCAUAAAAGUGCCGAUAGAUUUUGUUAGCAAUGGCAAACCGACUUCGGUUUAUCAGUGGCCAUCGCAAGAUGCUAGGCCCGAAAAUCGUAUUUCGAAUUUGGACAAGGGCCCUUAUGGUUUUAAUGGAAGACCCUCUAGUGUUUAUCUUCUCAGGCCUGAUGGAUCGCAAACUGCUUCUCAGAAUAUUAGGUAUCAUGAUUAUCAGGACAAUAGAUACUAUUGAUCGGAGGUUUUUUUUACAGAGAAGACAAAUAUUUUUAUGGGACUGAAGCGUGAAGUGAUAGAAAAUUCAAAUAAGAUUGUCAGGUUUCAAACUGUUCGAUCUUUAACUUUUUAAAUCAUUCUUUGUUUUAAUGAUUAAACUUUUUUAUUUGUAGCUUUCUUAUUUUCUUCUUAAAAAAAGGCCGAAUGAAUCCAGACUAAAUAAAAGUCGAAUACUGAUAGCUUUUUUUUCUAAUUAUAAUUUUGAAAAUGAAAAUUAAGGACAUGAGAACGAAAACUCUAUGGGGAUCAAAAAAGAAAAUUUUACAUAUUGUGCUACGAAUUUCUCUAUAAUAAAUUUUCAAACAUAAAGUGUUAAUUAAAUUAAAGAAGUGUUCUUGUUUAAGUGUUUGCGACAUAAGAACCAAAAAAUAAAUUAAAUAAAUCUAUUGGAAAAAAUUGCACAAUAUUGGAAAUGUAUUUUGAGGAUUACAAAUAAUCAUAAGUAGAUUUAUUAUUUUAAUUUUUGUUUUUAAAGGUGCUUAAAAUAAUAAAAAAAAAUUAAUAAAUGAAGGAAUCCAAAUAAAAAAUAAUUUAAGGCAAAAUUUGCCAUAUCCAUCUGGGAAAAUUGUUUGCAUCGCAUUUUAAUUAAAUACUGAUGUGAACUUUCCUGAUAAGAGUCCCACAAUUUUUUUAAAUUUCCUUCUUUAAGUAUUUGGAAGAUGGCAGAGAACCACAAUAAAUAUACAAAAAUCUGUUGGAAAAAAAUUGUACAUAUUGGCUAUAUAUUUUUUUGGAAAUUUUUGCAUUUAAAAUCAUUUAAACUAGAAAAUUCGAUUUGGUCCAAUUUGAGCUGAAAUUAUCGUUUUUAUUAUUAUCUUAAAUAUUUAUGAGACUUUGGAGAAUCACAAAAAAAUGUAGGGAAAAAAUGAAAAAAAAAUGUACUGUGUUUUUUAAGGGAAAUUUUACAUUUCAUAUUACUUAAAUACAAAAAUCGACUUUUCCAAAAAGGACUGCUUACAUUAUUUUAAUUUUUGUUCUCAAACUUUCCUAGAAUAUAAAAAAGUUAAUAAAUGAAAGAAUCCAUAUAAAAAAAUAAUUUAAGGAAACAUAUGCGCUAUCCAUUUGGAAACUUUGUUGCAUCCCAUAUUAAUUAAAUACUAAAAUCAAAUUUUCUCAAAUGGUUCCUGAGUAUUUUUUUUUAAUUUUCUGCUCAAAAUGUUCACGAGAUAUCUGAAAACUCCAAUCAAUAAAAAUAAAUCGAUUGAAAAUAAAUUGUACAAUAUUGACUAUAUAUUUUUCUAUAAACUUUUACAUUUAAAAUCAAUUAAUCUAGAAAAUUCGAUUUUUUCCAAUUAGAGCUAAAAUUAUCACUUUUAUUAUUAUCUUGAAUGAUCCUGAGACUUCAAGGAACCACAAAAAAAUUCAGGGAAAAAAUAUAAGGAAAAUUUACUGUAUUUUUAAGGUAAAUUUGACAUUUCACAUUACUAAAAUACAAAAAUGGACUUUUCCAAAAAGGACUGAAUAGGUUAUUUUAAAUUUGGUACUUAAGUACUUUUAGAAAAUCGAAAGAAGAUAAUAAAUAAAAAAAUCUAGAUAAAAAAAUAAUUUAGGCAACAUAUGCCCCUUUUUGGGGAAAUUAUUGCAAUUCAUGCGAAUUAAAUAAUAAUAAUAAUCUAAAAUCAACCAUUUUUAACAAAAGACCUCGCCAAUUAUUUUUAUUUGUAUCUUACAAUGUUUUCAGAAUAGAACAGAUAAAAAAUUUCUUAAAAUUAAAAAAACAUAUUUUUUAUUUUUUAUUGCAAUUUUUGCAUUUUAAAUAAUUUAAAAUACAAAAAUCUACUUUUUCUGAAAAGUGCCCAACCGAUUCUUUUUAUUCUUAUCUUCAAUAUUUGUGGGAUGGCAAAGAAGCAUAAGCAAAUAAAAAUCGAGCAAAAAAAAUAGGCAACGUUUACUAAAAUCGACUUUUUAAAAGAAAGGGAAUGAUCGAUUAUUUUUAUUUUCAUCUUUAUAUAUUUUUAGGAUGGAAAAUGGACAUAGGCAAUAAGAAAAUACAACGAAAAAAUAGAUUAGAC